CCGAUUCAGUUGACGCGGCUGAUGUAUUUUGCGAGUUAAUUAUGCCGGGGACGCUUCUGCAGAUGCGUCUCGAUAUGGUGAGCUCAUAGAUUCUCGUCAUGCUAUGUUUGCGGACUUGUGGGUUCAGUCGUGUUCGCCCACUUGGUGACAGCAGGUGCUGCGCUGGCGCCCUAGCCGCGCCUGCCAUUUGAGAUUUCUACCGCUACUGGCGCAACAGCUACUGCACUUACACCUCCACGCCAACCACUUCGUGACCUGACUUCGGCCUACCCCACUAGUUUGUCCCUGGCCUCCCGCGACCGAUAUGUCACUCCAGAGCGCGGCGGACGUGCCGCUGCUAAUCAGCUCGCCCAACUCAUCCUCCGAACGCCGCAUCUCACCAUCGUGGAGUAUCACUCAUCUAAAGAGCCGACUAGAGCCUAUCACCGGAGUGCCUGCCAGCAGUCAGCAGCUGUCUCUUCGAGUCGGGUCUCAGGAUGUUGUGCCAAUCACGGCAUUAGAUGAAGAGCAGACGCGGCUGGCGGAGUUUCCUCUGCAGCCCUAUGCCGAGAUAAUUGUCGUCGACACACGCCCGCCCGCGGCCCGAACAGAUUUCUCAGAUCUAUCGGCUGUCGACAAAUAUGUGAUGCCUACGGCAGAGUACGAAUCUCGAACUGAUAGUGUUCUUGCUUGGAAGAAAGCUCAGAAGCUCGGCCGAUUUGAUCCAGAGGCACCUAGCAUAGAGCAGCAGAAGGUUCUUGCUUCUGAACGCGAGAUCGAGGAAAGAGGUCUCACUGUCGGCGGCCGCGUGCGCCUGCUCCCCGAGUCUGAUGCGCGAAGGGGCACUGUGAGCUACACUGGCCUUGUUCCAGAGAUCCCUGGCAUAGGAGCCUGGGUCGGUGUCACACUUGACGAGCCGACAGGCAAGAACGAUGGUUCCGUUAAGGGUAAGCGAUACUUUGAGUGCGGCAGCAAUUGUGGGGUGUUUGUCAGGCCUGAGCGUUGCGAGGCCGGCGACUUUCCUGUUCUUGAUGAGUUUGAUGAGGACUUGGAAGAGUUGUAGAGCGGCGUGAUGCUUGGUCAGUUGGUGCGUCAAAGAGACAUUAGUAGUGGCAAAGGACGACCAGUGUACUCAUCCCGCUGUUUUCACAAUAUCUGGGAACAUACAUAUAAAGACGUAGUCACGAUGCAAAGCCGGACGGGUG